CCAAGGCUCCGUUCUUGCGAACAGUCUCGUCAUUUGACUUUUGUCAUCAUGGCGAGCCUGAUUUUUCAGGCCUUUUUGGGACCCGAGCCUCUCCCCAUUGGGAAUUGCGUUUGGAUUGACACAUUUAACGACGACGAAAGAAAUUCAUAUCAACAUGGACUUUUAUUUACAGGCGUAUUUUCGCAAGUUCUUACUCUUUGGUUGAACUUGGCCUUGAUGCUAACGAUACUGUGGAAGGACGAGAACUACCGCAACCUGGCUCUAUUCACCGUCACCUCGUGCUUGCGAAAAGUGGCAGAUGGAAUAGCUGGACUACCUUCAUUCCGGUAUUUGGAUAGUUUGUUUAAGUCAAACAUGUUGUCCUGCGUCAUGUUCGGAUAUCACGAUUGUUUCUUCUCUGUUUUGGAGAUCGAGGCUUUAACCCACGUCUGCGUCGCAAGAUACGUGAUGGCCCGCUACGCAGCUUACGGCUGGCCAUUGGACCCACGGUUUCCCACCUUAUACAUCGUCAGUACCAUAAUGUUUGCCAUCGGCUACACCUACAUUCCCAUGCUCGGCUUUGGCGGCACCGUCGACUACGACUUCUCGUGCACCACUUGUACCUAUGAGAUGAUGCUGCCGACAGACCACCAACGUUAUAUCGUGUUGAUUUUAUUCUUCAUGAGGAGUAUCAAGCCAGCUGUUCUGAUGAUGGGAAUGUUGGCCCGAGCUUACUACCUGGAUAAGAACGUGUGCACUGACAAAGAAGCUGGCAAACGAUUGACUUUUACUAGGAACAUAAUGUCAAUAACGGUAGCCACCUUGAUAUUUUGGGCGCCACUGGCUUUGAUAAGAGGCUACGUUGUAUUUGGCCAGCUGUUCUAUGAGAAAUCCGAAAUCAUAGACUCUAUGGUAGGCUUUGGAACACCAAUUUCAUUGGCGAUGUGGCUUUAUUGGAUAUCACCAGCAGUCAUGGUCUUGACGCUUAUGUAUGUGGAUGAAAAUGUUCGCCAUAACAUGAUAAAUUUACGGUCAUCUGCUAAAACGGCAGCAGAACUCGCUGAUAAAGAAGCCGAAAAAGAAGAAAAACAAAGAAUGAAUGAAAUCGAGAAGGAAAGGGGAAAGAAAAAGCAGUAACUGUUAUUUAAGAAGUUCAAGUGUUUUUUAGGGUUCUGUACCUAAAAC